AUGCCAGGAGCCGGCGCCAAGUGUGCGCUGCUUUUGGUCAUUGGCCUGCUGCUGGGCUCCAUCCUGUUGCCCGCGCAGAUAGAGGCCUACUCCCAGGUGCUGGUCAGUGGCACAGAUCAGGGACCGCGCAUAUUCAAGGCGCUGAACACGGAUUUGAUAUUUCCCAAAACCUUUAAUUCGAGCGAAAAUGUGGUGUCCACGACGACGACAACUGCAUUACCGCUGCCAAUACCAUAUAAUCACCAGCCGGAGCCGGCUGCUGCCUCGGAGACGCCGUCCGCCGUCUUUGUUACGCCCUUGAGCGUAACGAACCCGGAGCAUUCGGAGCUGCAGGCAGCGUCCAGCGAGGCGCCGCCGCUGGCCCUGGUGGAGGCGGCCUCCACUGGCCGUGCUGUGGACUAUCGCACCACGUAUCCAUUUGGUCAGCUCAUCACGCCGCUGAUCAAGUCCGGGCGGCCGCAACAAUUCAGUUCCAAGCCACGUCCCUCACAGAAUCGCAUCUACCCAAAGGGCAGUCGCUACCAGGCGCCAAAUGGUGGCUACAAGCGUCAAAUUGCCGAUCGUUUUGCGCCUGGCCAGGCUGUUGCCUCGAAUAUAUUCAAGGAGCAGCAUCAGCACGAUCCGCACGACCACAGUCAUGGCGGCAAAUUGGCACUUGGCUCGAAUGUGGUGCCCUCGUAUUUGUCCACCAAGGAUACGUACUCCUUUCCGCCGCUCAACACGAAAUACCCAUCGCCGGCGCAGGAUCCCAAGGCGGCACAGCCCUCGGAUACGAUAUCUAGCUAUUUGCCGCCAGCUUCGGGCAACGAUUUAAGCAAUGCGGGCUACGUAUAUCCUGGUCCAGUGAUGGGCUCCUCGGGCUAUUCAUAUCCUAAUCCCGGCAAUGGUGAUAAGAAUACCGCCGCUAGCACAACCAGUUCGGUGCCCGCGGCCCAGCCAGACGACGAUCCGGGCAACGAUGACACGAUUGGCGUGCUGCCUGCCAGUGCGCAGGAUAACGCACCGCCCGCCAAUAAUCAAGCUGGCAAGGAUGCUGGUGGUGCAGGUGCAGAUGGAGAUGCUCCAGAUGCCAGCGGCGACACUGACAAUGGUGGUAAUGCGGGCGGCGACGAUUCGCCUCUGCCAGCCCUGCAAACAGAUGGUGCCCAGCCAAGUGAUGACAACAAGUACGAUCCUAGUAUGGAAUAUGCAACUCCGCCGCCUGGCUGGCUGGAUGCGCAUCCGGAAUCAGCAGCACCAAAGCCAGCAGAUCACGAUCAUGACCACAGUCAUGAUCACGAUCACAUUCAUGAUCAUGAUCAUGGUCACGACUAUCCCGAGCAUCCGCAUCCACCGCCGCACUUCCAUGAUCAUCAUCACGAUCAUUAUCCCGAUCAUUAUCCGGACGUUUUUCCAUCCUAUCCGGAUGUCUCUUAUCCGGAACUGAUAUACGAUGAUCACCAUCCACAUCAUCAUCAUCACCACGUGGAGCCACCACCACCGCCUCCACCGCCGCCGCCACCACCACCGCCACCAACUGAACCUCCACCGCCGCCCCCACCCCCGCCAGAACCACGUGUCAAAAAGUACAGUUACUUCUACAUUGGUCGCAAGCUCUGGUACAUACCUUUGUACUUCACCGUCUGGUUCAGCUUCUAUAUUCUGUGGCUAAUCAUCAAGUCCAUUGGACGCCACAAGGUCAACUUGCCAAAUCACUAUGUCACGCGGCGCGGCUUGCCCGACUAUACGGAGCAGAGUCGGGACGAGUACAUUAACGAUAUGACGGUUAAGGUGCUGGAGCAUAUAGAUAAUUUUAAGCAAAAGUAUUUGAACUGA